UAAACCUAUUUUUUUCUGCCGAGAGAGAAGAAAGAAGAGAGAGAACCACUCUGCCGGCUAGCGAUGAGGUCUUGGCUGUUGAUGUUUCUGCUACUUCUAUCAUCACUUCUAGUUCAUGAAGCUCAAGGUAUACGGUUGCUGAAAGGAUCUGUAGCAGAUAGACAACAUAACAUCCAAGAAUUUCUUCCGGGGAAGAGAAACAAUUAUGAAGGUGUUGAUGAAGAGGCUGUUAUUAUGUGCAAAAGCAAGCACUGCUCAGGAAGGAUUAGAAAACUAACUAUGACCCUCAUUUCUAGCACUCCUACAAUUGCUAAGAAUGACAAGAAUGAAGAGAACAAAGAAGAAAAUCUGUCUGUAAAUCCCUCAUCAACGAAUCAGCAAGCAGGUCAACCUACUCCUGACAUUUUAAACAUAGCUGGAAUGGAUUAUUCCCUCGCCAGAAGAAAACCACCAAUACACAAUUAACACUUGAAGAGGGGAAAAAUUAAAAAAAAAAAACUUCAAAAAAUAAUAGUAAUUUAAAUAAAGGAACAAGAGGACUUGUCUUGGGAAGGGUGCAUAUAUGUAAAUAUGUAUAGGUGUCGGACAGCAUUGCAGAAAUGCUGCCACUUAGGAAGAUUAUGUACAUAUAUUAUAUUGUGUAAUGAUUCCUAAAUUAUAAGGUAAUGAUUGUGAUGAUCGAA